CUGAGGAGAGACCUUAGGCGCCAAGCGAGGCGUGGCUCUCGUGGAGGUUCGGGUCAAGGAAGCCGGGGAGCUUCCGUGGCCACCCCAGCGGCGUCACAAGGUGGGCGUGAAGGAGGUUUUGUUGUGAGAAUCUCCAAGUACCUCAAGGAGGCUAGGGCCUUGGGGUGUAGGUCCUUUGACGGCACCGGUGACAUUACCGUUGCCGCCGAUUGGAUUAAGAAGGUGAAGGAUGCAUCAAGGGACAUGCAAAUCACACCGGACGUGAAGUUGACUGUCGCUUCACGGCUACUUGAAGGGAUAGCUUCUACGUGGUGGGAGAGCGUGGAAGGGAAGUACCACGGGGAAAUAACAUGGGCGGACUUUGAGCUAGAGUUCUAUGCUCAAUACUACUCCGAGUACGAGGUGAAUGUGAAACGGAGAGAGUACACUAACCUUAAACAGAAAGAGGGCGGCACAGUUAAGCAGCUGGAACAAGAGUUUAGAACCUUGGCUAGGUUCUUACCAGAGUACGCGGUUGAUGAGAACCGUAUGACGGAGCACUUUUGGGAUGCCUUACUCUUGGACAUCCGCGAUCGGGCUACAUACUCGCGCCACAUGACCUUUAGCGAGGUGGUGGAGCAGGGCCUUCUUGGGGAGGCCCAAUGGAAUGAAAGAAAAGAGAGGGACGCCGAAGAGGCGAAAAAGAGGAAAUGGCAUGGUUCGGGGCCGCCCGAGCAGGCACGGAGGGAUAAACACGGCGGAGGUGGGGGUUCGUUCAAAACACCGGCACCACCGGCAAAGAAGAACAUGGAUGCUCGGUGGCAUGCAUCCUCCUCCCAAAAGACGGGACCCCCUAGGUGUGCUAAUUGUUCGAAAAAUCACUUUGGGAAAUGCAACGCACCCCCGAGGUGUUAUCAAUGUGGGAACACGGGUCACAUGAAGGCCAAUUGCCCACAACUAGGGGGAGGAGGAGCUCCGGGAUCCGGAGGAGGAACCACGACGGGAAGGAACCGUGCGGGGCCGUCAAACGGCGGCACGGGAAGAGGCGGCGCAUCCACAAGCCAUGCCGCGUCCGUAAAUCAAGGCGGGACCCAAGCACGAGUGUACGCAAUGACCGAGGCGGAUGCGCGAGCAAACCCGGACUCCGUUGCGGGUUGAAGCUAGGGCUUGCUACUUGCACCUUCUCAAGGGUGAUAUCAAAUCAGGAAGACGUGGUUCGUGCUUCCUUAUUUUCUUUCAAACUACCGAACACUUGCUCAUGAAUAUUUGUUUUACUAUAAACUAUUUUUGGGGCUUGCAUGCCCAUGUUGUUGGCCGGUUGUGGCUCAUGACGUACCGUUGAAUAUUUCCGCUAUUCAUUGGUUUGAAUGUGAUGUUGUUAUGUAUGUU